CCCCCCGGCAUGGCCGGGCGCUGAGGGGCGCCCCCCGCCCCGCCCCGCCCCGGCUCGGCUCUGCCCCGCCGAGGGGCUCGGCGCCCAGCCGCCCGCGCUGCUCGCCAAUGGUCCAGAGCGACAUGUCCAAAUCGCCUCCCAGCCCGGCGCAGGAGGUGCAGAUGGAGCUGCUGGACAAUCCCCUGCCCGCCGCGGCGGCGGCGCAGUCUUACGGUAAAGGGGCAAGAAGAAAAAACCGAUUUAAAGGAUCAGAUGGGAGUACAUCUUCUGACACUACCUCUAACAGUUUUGUACGCCAGGGUUCGGCGGACUCCUACACCAGCCGUCCAUCUGAUUCAGAUGUAUCUUUGGAAGAAGACAGGGAAGCAGUGCGGAGAGAGGCAGAGCGACAGGCCCAGGCACAGCUGGAAAAAGCAAAGGGGAAACCUGUUGCAUUUGCAGUUCGUACAAAUGUUGGGUACAGUGCAGCUCAUGAUGACGACGUUCCAGUCCCAGGCAUGGCCAUCUCAUUUGAGGCUAAAGAUUUUCUUCAUGUUAAAGAAAAAUUUAAUAAUGACUGGUGGAUAGGACGGUUGGUAAAAGAAGGCUGUGAAAUAGGAUUCAUACCAAGCCCAGUCAAACUAGAAAACAUGAGGCUGCAGCAUGAACAAAAGGCAAAACAAGGAAAAUUCUACUCCAGUAAAUCAGGAGGAAACUCUUCAUCCAGUUUGGGUGACAUCGUUCCUAGUUCCAGAAAAUCGACGCCUCCAUCAUCUGCUAUAGACAUAGAUGCCACUGGCUUAGAUGCAGAAGAAAAUGAUAUUCCAGCAAACCAUCGCUCCCCCAAACCCAGUGCAAACAGUGUAACAUCACCCCACUCCAAAGAGAAAAGAAUGCCCUUCUUUAAGAAGACAGAGCACAUCCCUCCUUAUGAUGUAGUGCCUUCUAUGCGACCAGUAGUUUUAGUGGGGCCUUCUCUGAAGGGAUAUGAGGUAACAGAUAUGAUGCAAAAAGCAUUAUUCGAUUUUUUAAAACAUAGAUUCGAAGGGCGUAUAUCAAUUACACGAGUCACAGCAGACAUCUCACUUGCCAAACGUUCAGUAUUAAACAAUCCCAGUAAGCAUGCGAUAAUAGAGCGAUCUAACACAAGAUCAAGCUUAGCUGAAGUUCAAAGUGAAAUUGAACGGAUUUUUGAAUUGGCAAGGACACUGCAGUUGGUGGUGCUGGAUGCUGAUACCAUUAACCACCCAGCUCAACUAAGCAAAACCUCUCUGGCUCCCAUUAUAGUAUAUGUAAAGAUCUCUUCUCCUAAGGUUUUACAGAGGCUAAUAAAAUCUCGAGGGAAAUCUCAGGCCAAACACCUUAAUGUUCAGAUGGUGGCAGCUGAUAAACUGGCACAGUGUCCUCCGGAAAUGUUCGAUGUAAUUCUUGAUGAGAACCAGCUUGAAGAUGCUUGUGAGCACCUUGCUGACUAUCUGGAAGCCUACUGGAAGGCCACGCAUCCACCUAGCAGCAACCCUCCUAACCAGCUUCUCACUCGCACACUUGCAACAGCCACUCUUCCUAUUAGCCCAGGUCCAAAUAUUAAUUUACAGAGCUGAAACACCCUGAAAAAAUUGUGAACUGGAAGAAUUUCUGAGUACGAAAUUCAGUAUUGUUGUGUGCAGACUUGCUAGAUAAACUUCCUUUGCUUUGUAGAUGUACUUAUUAUUUUGCUUAAUGAUUUUUUAUGCCUUUUGGGUGUGGAUUUAUAGUUCACUUACUCAUUUUAUUAACCACAUUCUCUGGAGGAAUUAUACAGAGUUCUAAUAACACUUUUGUGAAUGCUGUGCUAUCUCCAUACAAAUUAACAGAUUCUUAUUUUAAGGACUAAAAAUGAGAAUGUGUUUGCAGUUUCACAUCUUGUUUGUAGGUCUACUAAUACAAAAGUGUGAAACAACAGGGGUCCCUUAUAAAGCGUAGAACUUUUACAUUCCUUUUGUUUCAUUUUCCUAUGGUAAUUUUCAGCUGACAUCUCAAACCUGAACCUGUCAUGGUCUUGGCAUGGAGUGGGGCUUCUUUCUAAUCACAGCGGCUGAACCCAUUCUCUCAAUAGUGUUAAGACCCUCUGUUUGGAGAAUUUAAAUUCUAUGUCUGUGCUGGUUUUUGUGGACUGCUCUGCAGAGAAAAAACAUGCCACCAGCCACUUGGCCUGGAGGAGCAACAUCUGCACUGCAAAGCAUUUGAGUCAUCCUCCCCUGGGUCCAAUGCAGCACCCCUUUGCCAUGAGACGUAAUUGGGUUUUGUGGUUUUUCAGUACCAGGUGUACAUUGUAACGAGAGAUUUGUGUUGCCAGCUGCCAGAGUGGUGUUAUGGCAUGAUGCUGACUGUGUGUAUUGCAUGGCACGAGGUGCUUGAAGGUGUGAGUCCUCCUGGGACUGUUUGAAAUUAAGCAGGUGAACACCAUACACCUCCUGUCUAUCUGAUGGAGAGCUUUGGAGCAAGCUGUCCCAACAACUGUUUUCAGGUUUUCUUUUGUAGGGAAAUAGAUAAUUCCAAAAAGAAGACUGGAGCAACCUCACACAACUAUGGUGCAGGCAAUUAGGGACUACUGAAUGGGAAUAGGAGCGAGUCAAAUGGAUUCAGUGGACACAGACCUCUCUCCUCUUUCAGCAUUGCUUAAACUUCUUUACAAGAGCCCUUACUUCUUUGAAAUUGCAAGCUGAAUAAUGAAAUGGUUUUAUUUCAAACUUCCUCCAUUUUAGGCAAAAAAACCUUAGGAGAUUGGGCCAUAAAAUUCCUGCGCUGUGGAAUGUAAUCAAAUCAGAGCCCUGAUUUGGUUAUGAAUCACAAAGCCGGACUCUAAUCCAGAUUCAAACAUUAUCUGCUCAUUGUCCCUCUAAUACUUAAGACAAAAUUACUGUUGAUUAAUUUGCCUAUAAAUCCCCAUAGCCCUAACACUGUUCUGAAAUUACAGGUAUUGGUUCUAAAUUUAUUCACUGUGCUUUUCUGCACAUGGUCGUCGUAGCAGAGACGAUUCAUCUGAGUUUGUAAAAGCAGCAUUCUGUGCAAAGCAGGUUCAGAUGUUGCAUUUGUUCUCAAACCACAGCAAUGAUGGAUUUUAUUAGUCACUAUUACAUAUAGGUACAUAGAUAUUUGGCAUUUGAGCGUAUGAGAGUUAAAGGGUUUUACAUGUGUACCCAGUUUAUGUGCUUUAAAAGCAGUCAUGGUUGUGAACUAAUAAAAAUGUGUUUACACAUCCAAAGUAGGCCUUGCUUUAGACUCUUACUCGAUUUCAUUUAUAAUUCACAUCUGCUGAGGCAUUUCUGUUCACCUUGAACACAUCUCUUCAUGUUUACAAUUACUACAUUCCUUUUCUGGCAAAUCAGAAUCAUCUUGAGAACCAUAAACACAAGAACAAGAAAGAAAUUUAACCGCUGUUUCUGUUGCCUUGUUCUCAUCUGUACCAUUUGUUUCAAAUUAGGAACACAUGGAGCAACCCAGAUAGUCACUCAGAGGUUUACAGAACAAAAUGUCUUGGAAAAUGGAAGAUUUGUCAAAUUUAUCAAAUUGGUGAUUUGAAAAAUGUUGCUUUUUGUAAGUUUCUGAUAGUACAGAUUUCUUCAUAUCCAAUUUCUUGUCAUUUUACUUUUUGGGUUGCUAGGAAACCUGCCUGCCAGGAUCUAUGGCUGAAGGACAACAUUUCCUCCUUCCCUAGCUCUUUUCCACAAAAUAGAAAGAGAUAAGUCCACAAGCUGCCCUGGAGGCAGUUCUUUAUUUUUAGACAGCUCUGAACCAUAGGAGGCAAACUUUAGACUACCUUUGGCAAAUUAAGUAGUCUCACAAAAAAAUGCCUGUAAAAGUCUGUUAAAACCUACUUUAAUUGUGUGCCAGUAGAGUUGAUUUUGGCUUGAUGUUCUUCACCUCGUACAAGAAGGAUAAUUCAGUUUCACUAUAAACUAUUUCUUACAAUUGUACAGUUAAGCUUGAAAAGUCUUUGGCUGUGGUUUGGGAAUAAAAGCAGGUUAAUGUAAUGAAACCCCCUUAUGAGUUAAAUAAUGCCGCUUGUUCGUUUUGCAGUGAUUUCAAAGCAUUAUGCUGGUGAAGGGUAGGUUUGUUAUUACCUGGUAAUUUUUUUUUCAGUCUUAAUAGUAGUGGUGUGUUAGGAAAUUCUAUGGGUGAUAAUAUUGCUCUCCUCCUGCUGUUCUCAGCAAUGGUCUGUGUUCUUGAGCUUGUAAAAUUAGGAGGUCAAAGUUUAGUUUUUCAUUACCAUGAAGAAAUGGAAUUAUUGCUGAGAAAAACAGAAGGUCAGUGAUACUAUUAGUAUCAUAAUACAAACUUUAUUUAAACUAGAUUCAAUUGCCUUUUUUUUUUUUUUUCUUAAAAAAAAAAUAAAAAGCAGCUACUCUAAAAAGGCCAAGUAUUUGUACUUUGGUUCUGGUCUGGAAUCCCCCUCCUCAGCCCUCUAAAAUCACUUACCCAUAGUAGCUGUUCCCAGGCAGGCAUCUCAACUGAUAACCUGCCCUUUCCUGGCAUCAUACGUCCUCUUUAAUGUUUCUGCAGUUUGUCCUGCUUUUGCACGCUCUCUUUUUGUCUGGAGCAUGGUAGGCAAUUAUUGCUAACUGUCAUAGUCAGAAACGUCACGGAAGAUGAGAAAGUGUCACAGAAUAACCCAAGUGCCACCCUCUGUUCUGAUCAGAGUGAAAGGAAUUGUUUGUAUUAUAAUACUGAAUUUUCAGUCAGAGUUUAAUUCUAACGUUUUUUUCUAGUUUAGAUUCAAAGUGGAUUGUUGUGUACUUAAAUUUUACUGGUUUCAUGAUACUUUCUAGUUGAAUUUGAUAUUGGGGAAAGUUUUUAAAUGUGUACUUCAUGUACGUGAACUCACUGCUGGUUGUGAUAGCAGGGAUCUCAAGGAGACCAGAGGAAUGACCAUUCAGUCCCUGAACGCAGCAGUUCACAAAUUGAAGAGGAAGCACGGGUUGAACCCGUCAAGAAAUCCCAGCAUCGCUCUUCCUCAAGCCAGCACCACAACCAUCGCAGUGGUGUUAGAGGCCUUUCUAGGCAAGAAACGUUUGACUCAGAAACACAAGACAGCAGAGAUUCAGCUUACGUAGAGCCAAAGGAGGACUACUCGCAUGAGCACGGUGACCACUAUGAUUCUCACAGGGAUCACAAUCAUAGAGACGAGUCCCAUGGGAGCAGUGAUCACAGACAUAGAGAAUCAAGGCAUCGUUCAAAGGAGAGGGACCGCGAGCAGGACCACAAUGAAUGCAACAAACAGCGUAGUCGUCAUAAAUCAAGGGACCAAUAUUGUGACAAGGAUGGGGAAGUGAUAUCAAAAAAACGUAACGACACAGGAGAAUGGAACAGGGAUGUUUACAUCCGUCAGUAACUUUUGCCUCUGGCAGUCUUGUGUUUCUUUGAAGUCUUGUAACAAUGCCCCUUGAAAAUAUCUUUGGGUUCUUCAUUGCAGAACAUAUGGUAUCCU